AACCUGAAGCGUCCGGUCUAGCUCCACGCUGCUCCGUUUUUUCUUUGCGGAUGUAGUUCCAACGGUGACACGCAGGAGGUGAUGGGGCCCAGAUCCGCGCGGAGCGAUCUCCGCAGCCACAAAGAGACUAUAUGCUUUUAGCCGGGAGAUCCCAUUACACGGGGCACGCGCUUUAAAAUGGUUGAAACAAAAGCGUGAGAAGCUCCAGACCAGCCUUUCAGAUUGCAGCGACACGUUUUUCCAAAUUCCGACCUGGCUGUUUGCCGUAACUUUUAGCGGAUUCACUGGCCAGCCGCGGGGGAAAUGGAGAAGAAAAGGUGGGAUUGCUCUGCUCUCCCCAAAGGCUGGAAAAUGGAAGAAGUGACCAGAAAGUCGGGUUUGUCAGCUGGGAAAAGCGAUGUCUAUUAUUUUAGUCCAUCUGGGAAGAAGUUUAGGAGCAAGCCUCAGCUGGCCCGUUACCUCGGUAACCAGAUGGACCUCAGCUCCUUUGAUUUUCGCACGGGGAAGAUGCUGAUGAGCAAACUGAACAAGAACCGCCAGAGACUGCGAUACGACAACAACAACCAGAACAAGGGCAAACCUGACCUAAACACGUCGCUGCCGGUAAGACAGACGGCCUCCAUUUUUAAGCAGCCGGUUACAAAGGUUACCAACCAUCCCAACAACAAAGUGAAGACGGAUCCUCAGAAAGCCGUCGAUCAGCCCCGACAGCUUUUCUGGGAGAAAAAGCUCAGUGGUCUUAACGCGUAUGACAUCGCAGAGGAGCUGGUGAAGACGAUGGAGCUGCCUAAAGGCCUGCAGGGUGUCGGCCCGGGCUGCACGGACAAAACGCUCCUGUCGGCUAUAGCGAGCGCCCUGCACACGAGCGCUGCUCCAAUCACGGGCCAGCUGUCUGCGGCGGUGGAGAAGAACCCGGGCGUGUGGCUGAACACUGCCCAGCCGCUCUGCAAGGCCUUUAUAGUCACAGACGAGGACAUCCGGAAACAGGAGGAGCUGGUGUACAGCGUCAGGAAGAGGCUGGAGGAGGCGCUGAUGGCCGACAUGCUGGCCCACGUCGAGGAGGCCGCCAGCGAGGGGGAGCCCCCGAAGGACGAGGGCAACGGCAGCGAAGACAUGGAGACCGUAUAGCACAGGUUGUUGUGAAGAUCGAUUGGACUCCUUCGCCCCACCAUCCCUCCGUAAACACAAGAGUUAACCGUAGGAUUUCCAUUCCAGUGCGGCCCUGAAGAACCGUCCUUCGGCGUCCACUCACUCCAGAAGACCCUCGGCAGCCAUUUGACCACCCGUGAUUGUCGCCAUUAAGUGGGACUCUAUGACUGUAUUUAUGAGCGCAGAGGAUUUUUAAUUAGUAAAACAGACAACUAUGAAUGACUUAAAUAUAUUCAAUAUAAUUACAAUGUGUCAAAGAUGAGUGUUUAGUGUUACAUGUAUUUUUUACUAAAAUGUCUCGGAUGGAUUUGUGUUUUUUGUUUCCGACAAUCAUGUCAGAUCCAAAUGCUUCGGGUCAGCAGACAGCCGGCGUGUUUGCCCCUUUUGUUUCGGGCACCUUUUGAGGCGAAUGUUUUUUGUACUGCAUCCAUUUUUAGAAAUUUAAAGUGACGCUCAUCUUGUCAUAUUUUGUAUUUAAUGUCUUGUUGAAAUCAAGUGUUGGUUCGAGAAAAGGCGUGUGUUUUUUUUUUUUUUUUUUUCUUUAGCUUUCAGAGCAUUUGGUGUUUUGCUUUUGCUUAUUUUUUGUUUUUCAUCACUAAACUGGGUGCUUAGAAACGUUCAACAGUGGUUUUGUACAUUUUGGUUCUUUUUUCUUUCUUUUUUUUUCUCGUAAAGCAUCUGUGUUAUCUCGCACUUGCUGCCUCUUUUAAAAAUUCAUGCACAGAUGGGAUAGUUUUUAAUCCGUCACUUUCCAAGGAGAAAGGGUUUUACAGUUUCUUUGCUGGCUCACAACAUCCAGCUGGAAUCAUGAAAUGCCCGGCCCAACCUGAGCAGGCUGAUUGCUGAAAUGUGUUAAAGAAAUAAAAUUUGUCACUAUGGUACCAAA